UGUAUUUCAAAAAUAGACCCAUAUCUAACACCCUGCCCAAAAGCAAAAACUUUUCCAGAAGGGCCCAAUCUGCAUGAUUUUUCACAUAUUCCUUCCCAGAUAUAUUAAGAUCAGCGGCCCGGAACGAGGACCGAGGAAGGAAGGGAGGAUAGAUACAUAUAGAUCUAUAUAGGCCCAGAGGAAUAUUCGUCAGCUCCGUUGGCAUUUGAAAUCAGUUUGACGAACUUCUGCUUCUCCACAGAUAAAGCUGCUCUGCCAUUUCACUCGACGGCUAGAGAUCCAGAGGACAGGGCUUCAAAGGUUAGGCGACAAAGCUGAAAUUGAUCAACAUCAUGGCCUCAUGUGGUGAUGAUACCAUGGAGAUCGCAGCCCUGGGAAGACCAUUCCAGCUCGGCAUGCUGUACAACUGCCGGAAGGACGCUCUUAUUCCAGCUAUAACCUUAUGGGAUCCAGAGCAGCUGCAGAAGAAUAAAAGUGUGGAAUCACAAAACAAAACUGAAUUUGAUGUCACAACAUCAGACACAAUUGAGGAGAAGUCAAAUUCAUUGAAGAUCUCUGGCUCUCUGAAACUAAGUAUCUUGGGAGGACUGGUGGAUGUGGAAGGAUCAGCUAGAUAUUUCCAAGACACAAAGAAAUCCAACAAACAAGCCCGUGUGACACUUCGGUACAAAACAACAACAAAAUUUGAAACAUUAACAAUGUCUCACCUGGCUUGUGGACAAGUGGCUCAUCCUAACGUGUUUGACGAUGACACUGCCACUCAUGUUGUCACGGCCAUCUUGUACGGAGCUGGAGCCUACUUUGUGUUUGACAGAGAAUCAUCCUCAGAGGAUAAGAAGGAACAAGUGGAGGGGGAGGCUAACCUCACCUUCAACAAACUGAAAUUCCUCACAGUAGAUGCUGAGGCCUCAUUCAACAUGAAUGAAAAAGAGAAGGCAGCAGUUGAAAAAUUUAGCUGCACAUUUCAUGGAGACUUCAAGUUACCCACCAACCCAACGUCCUUCAGUGACGCUGUGAGAGUUUACAGAGACCUUCCAAACAUGCUGGGAGAGAAUGGAGAACAUGCUGUUCCACUCAGGGUGUGGCUGUACCCUCUGUGCAAGUUGGAUUCAAGAGCUGCAAGACUCGUAAGAGACAUCAGCAAUGCCGUGAUCAGAUACUCAUCAGAUGCCAUAGAGAGUUUUACCAACACAGAGAUGAGAUGCAGAGACAUACUGAGAGACACUGCAGCUGCAGCAUUUCCUGCCCUGGCAAAGAGGGUUCAGGAUUACAUGCAGAUGUGCCAUCAGUACAAGCUUGACUUCAUGCAGAAGCUCAGGUCAGUGCUUCCUUCAAUCCGAGGCGGGGGGAAAGAGGAGAGUGCUCUAUUAGAAAUUCUGAAGGAACACGAGAGUUCUCCAUUCAACAGAAAAGACCUGGAUCAGUGGCUCACAAAUAAGGAGAAGGAAUUAGACACACUGAAAUCUUACCUCAAGCAACUGGAGAACCUGGACGCAAAUAUUCAUGACAAUUUGGAAAACCUCUUAUCAGAUUUAGAUGUGGAGAAUGUUGUGAGCUUUUCCUUUACCUCUGUAGAUGGGUCUGAUAGUUUCCUGGUGAAACUGUCAAAUUAUCUCAAACCAUCAGGAAUGUUGAACCCUUCUGCAGAAUCCUCUGAUCUACAGGCUACAAACACAGAGUGGCUCACCAAUGAUAUUAAACUAAAAAUGAGGGAACAAUUGAGACUGUUUGGAAAACUGAAGAAGAUGAGCACCAGUGAUAAAACCAAAUUCAUAGUUUCUUCAAAAUACAAUGAAAGUCAUCCUGGGGCGUGUAUUUUCAUAUAUGAAGAUGGAAGUGAUGAUGCAAUCCGCUUUGUUCCUCCAUCAAAACCUGCCACUCCAACCACUACUUGUGUUUCAUAUGACAGUGUAACAGUUCAGGUGUCUGACCCAGACUCUGCCACUGUAGAGCACCGAGUAGAAUACAGAGAGAAACAGAAUCAGGAGACUGAAUGGAAAUCCCACCCAGUGCAGAGGAACCAAAAGGCAGUAACUCUGUCGGGACUGAAGCAGGGGACUGAGUGUGAGAUCAGAGCCACAGCUGUGGGCAAACUCGGCUAUGCUGUUAGCAGUGAAGUCUGUCUGACUCUCACAGCAGUCUGUCCACCAAAAGCAGUACGGCAAAACAAUGUGUGCGACGCCACCUGCCCUUCAAAAUACGAGGAUAUUCAAAUAGGAGGAUCCAUCACCAACUCUAAUUCACCCUACUUCUCCUGUCCACAUACUGGUAGUGGGCCUACACGACUCCUCCCUCAUUUUUGCCGCAUGAAUUGCUCAAUAUCUUGUACUACAAAAUAUGAUCUGUACUGCAUGAAUUGUAGCCAUCCACUAGAGGGCCGCUAGGGGCCCGCUAGGGGCGUCUAGAUUUUUAGUUUAAUGCAACCACAUUUUUAGUUUACAGUUUUUUUCAAACGCUAACAAGCGUUUGUCCAUUCAUUUGACACAUUUUCAAAACUCUAAACACAGACUCUCACCUACAAAACACAUUUUUAGUUUAAUGCAUGUUUUCUGAAUGGGCCAUGGGCCAUGCUAUAUUGGCCCCUGUGGUUGACCCCAUCCUCAUCCCAGUCCCCUAGUCGUGUCCCCUGGGGGUGAUUUUCUUUCUUUUGUCCUUUAAGAAGGUGAGAUAAUCAUCAGUAACAAAAUCAGAUUUUAUGUUUUUCUUUCAAGGUGCCUGCAUUCUUUUUCUUUUCUUUAGAGUGCUCGAGAGGUAAUGCUGUGUUUGUUUGUUAUCUGUUUUUAUUUUUAUCGGAACACAUCAGACUCCUGUUUAUUAUUGUGUGAUCUAUACAAAAAUCUUUUUUUUGAUUGAUACAUUUUGGGGUGUUCUUAUUGUAUUCUGAUGUGUUCAUAUGUUACUCCUGGGUAGAAUAUUCUGUGGCAAGGUGCACACCCCUUUGUGCAUGACUCUCUCUGGCUUCAGAAUGGCUGAGUAGGGCAUAUUGUCCUGUUUACUUGUAGCUCGGGAACAUCAGUGAUACCAUGGGCCGAAGGAGAUAGCGGUGGGCGCUGUGUGUCUGGAUUUUACCAUCUGGUCAGAGCCGGUUGUGUUGUGUACCACCUGCCACGUCGGCAUGAUUGACGUUUUUAAUGUUUUAGUAUAACUGACCGUGUAUUAAGAUUGGACUCUGAGACGGAUGGAGGAAGUGAAUCGAGUAGCAUCUUCCCAGGGGGAUGCUCAGCAACCGCUCCAGAUAGCAAGAACGACUGUUAAACUUUGUCAGUUUCACUGUCCGAGACUCUGUUCUGCCUAUGUUCUGGUUUUCAUUUUAUUGUGACAUCUACAAUAAAUCAUCAUUUAAUCGCUAUCCUGA